UCCUCUCCCGAGCUGUGACCACGCGCGGCGAUUCCGCUUACUCCCUUGGCCGCCCGGUGGGCCCUCCCCGCCAUUAUAGGAGGCCGCGCCCUGCCCCAAGCGGUCAGGCCGGUAGCGAGAAGCUUGGCUCCCGUCCGGUGAGUCUGAGCGGCGUGGUGGCUGCGGGUUCUUCCUGGAGGAGCGGAGACCUGGCUGGCGCGCAGGAAGGGCAGGGGGAUCGCAGCUUCCUCUUCGGAGUAUCAUCUAGCCAUUAAUUAUGUCUGACAACGGAGAACUCGAAGACAAGCCACCAGCUCCACCUGUUCGGAUGAGCAGUACCAUCUUCAGUUCAGGAGGAAAAGAUCCUUUAUCUGCUAAUCAUAGCUUGAAACCUCUGCCUUCAGUACCAGAAGAGAGAAAGCCUAGGAACAAAAUCAUCUCCAUUUUCUCUGGCACUGAAAAAGGGAGUAGGAAAAAGGAAAAAGAGAGACCUGAGAUUUCUCCUCCAUCAGAUUUUGAACAUACUAUUCAUGUUGGCUUUGAUGCGGUUACUGGGGAAUUCACUGGAAUGCCAGAGCAGUGGGCUAGGCUGCUACAGACGUCUAACAUCACAAAAUUAGAACAGAAAAAAAAUCCCCAGGCUGUAUUAGAUGUUUUGAAAUUCUAUGAUUCUAAAGACACAGCAAAACAGAAAUAUUUGAGUUUUUCUGCUACAGAUAAGGAUGGCUUUCUUUCGGGAGCAAUAGCACCUAAUGCAAAAAGGUCAGAGCCUUCAACAGCAACGGAAGAGGAAGAGGAAGUUAUUCCUCCAGUUAUUGCUCCAAGACCAGAUCAUACAAAAUCGGUUUAUACACGGUCAGUAAUAGAGCCUAUCCCAGCACCAUCUGGCGAUGCAAGUGAGAGUGCUAAAUUUGCUGAUAAACAGAAAAAGAAAAACAAGAUGUCAGAUGAAGAAAUCACAGAAAGAUUACGAACAAUUGUUAGUAUAGGAGAUCCCAAGAAAAAAUAUACCAGAUAUGAAAAAAUAGGACAGGGGGCUUCUGGUACCGUUUUCAUUGCAAUAGAUGUUGCGACAGGACAGGAGGUUGCUAUAAAACAAAUAAAUCUACAGAAACAACCCAAAAAGGAGUUGAUUAUCAAUGAAAUUUUGGUAAUGAAAGAGUUGAAGAACCCAAACAUAGUCAAUUUUCUAGACAGUUACCUGGUUGGAGAUGAACUUUUUGUUGUAAUGGAGUAUCUGGCUGGUGGAUCCCUUACCGAUGUAGUUACAGAGACUUGUAUGGAUGAGGCGCAGAUUGCUGCUGUCUGUAGAGAGUGUUUGCAGGCACUGGAAUUCCUACAUGCCAACCAGGUGAUUCACAGAGAUAUUAAAAGUGACAAUGUGCUUUUGGGAAUGGAUGGUUCAGUUAAGCUGACUGACUUUGGGUUUUGUGCUCAGAUAACUCCAGAGCAAAGCAAACGUAGUACAAUGGUUGGAACACCAUAUUGGAUGGCUCCUGAAGUGGUCACACGGAAGGCUUACGGUCCUAAGGUGGAUAUCUGGUCUUUAGGUAUUAUGGCUAUUGAAAUGGUUGAAGGUGAACCUCCAUAUCUCAAUGAAAACCCUUUGAGGGCAUUAUAUUUAAUAGCAACUAAUGGCACCCCAGAGCUGCAGAGCCCAGAGAAGCUGACACCAAUAUUCCGUGACUUUUUAAAUAGUUGUUUGGAAAUGGAUGUAGAGAAAAGAGGAUCAGCCAAAGAACUACUACAGCAUCCUUUCUUGAAACUGGCAAAACCUUUGUCAAGUUUGACACCAUUGAUUCUAGCGGCCAAAGAAGCCAUGAAGAGUAAUCGCUAGCAUUGCUGUUGUGACCUUCAUCAUUCCUGGUUUUGUUUGUUUGUCUGCUUUGUUUUUUGUUUAAAUCUUCCUAUAAUAUACAAGUUGUUGCUCUUGUUAGAGAUGUUGAAAGUCUGCAGAAGGGAAAAAAAUUCACCUCAGCUCUAAGAUACAAGAGAAGAAAAAUGGUGAUAAUAGUGAACUUUUUUGCAAGUCUUGAAGAAGUUAUAAACUGAAUCACUGGCCUUUUUACCACUUCUAUAGACAACUCAAUAUUUUGCUGUGCCAAUGAGUUGUUUUUCAGUGACUUUGCUGUACCAGUUCCCAUCUGUGCUCUGAUUUGAACAUUUGCAAUACUUGAAUAAUUGAUUCAAGCUUUUAGAGGGAGGUAUUACUGUAAUGUGCUGACCUUUUUUCACCUUAGGUUUCCUUUGCUAGGCAGUAAUUCAAAGCAUGGGAACGUUUGAGUUACUUAAGACAGAUAGAAAUGUGAAAGUUCCUCUUUCUCCUUUUAAUAUGCAGUUAGGUAUAUGCCUUCUUAUGUUAACCAUCCAGAUACCUGGGGAUUGUAACUAUUCAGUAACAGUUCUGAAACAAAGAACAGAAGACAGAGUGGAAAGAAAGCAGCUCAGCACAACUGGAUGUAGAAAUUUGUGCAUGGACUUUGUAAAAUAAGGGAAAGAUGCCUCUCAUUGUUGGAAGGCAAAUGCCUGCUGGGUAAUGGGAAAAGUAUUUUCUUUUCAGUAAUGAAACCAUCCUUUGAGGUUGGGGAGAAAACCCCACUCCUGUGAAUUGUCUUCCAUUUGUUCCUUGCCUAUAUAGGCUGAUUGGUAACUUUUUUAAAGGGAUGUUGGUGCCUUCUGAUUUUUAAAAUUACCUUUCUUUGUAUUAAAUACAUUUUGUAUAUGUUGUACAUUUUCUCUUCAAAGCAAAUUUGAAAUUGUCAGGACUAAGUAUUAGAGGUUUCUUUCUUUCUUUCUCUCUCUCUCUAUCUAUAUAUAUAUUUAUAUUCAUACUAUUUCUACUAAUAAAAGACCCAGAAGAUUUGCAAAAGAUCCAAGACUUUUAUACGAUUCAGCUGACUAAAGCCUCAGAACACCGGAAGUGCUAUUUUAGAUAAAAAUGGGAGAGGGAAUAAUUUAGGUUCAAAAUUAUUGGAAUUGUCUUGUGAGUGACUAAGAAACUUUGUCUUGGUUAUU